AUCUCCUCUCCCUCUCUGAACAUGGGGACUCUGGAGGAAGUGGAACUCUGUUUUCCCCACAUUAACACCUCUUGCAGGAGGACAAGACGUCCUUACAUGGAGACCUCACUCAUUAACAGUGUGUUGUCCUGCAUCAUUGUGCUCACUGUGAUUCUUAACCUGCUGGUCAUCAUCUCUAUCUCCCACUUCAGGCAGCUCCACACCACCACCAACCUCCUCCUUCUCUAUCUGGCUGCUGCUGACUUCCUUGUUGGUUUUGUAGAGAUGCCAUGUAUUCUCCACCACAACCAAGGCUGCUGGUUCUUGGGCGACGCCAUGUGUGGCCUGUAUUACUUUUUAGGUUUCCUCGUUGUCAGCGUUUCAGUGGGAAGCAUGGUGCUGAUAUCAGUCGACCGCUACAUAGCGAUUUGUGACCCCAUGUUUUACACCACCAGAGUCACUCUGACCAGAGUUAAACUCUGCGUUUGUCUGUGUUGGGUAUUUUCUAUUGUACACAGCAGUUGGAUAUUGAGGGAGUUCUUAAAACAGCCUGACAUGUAUAACCCCUGCUAUGGAGAUUGUGUUGUUGCUGUUAAUGUUGCUGAAGGAGUCGUUGAUCUUGUUGUGACCUUUUUAGGCCCCAUUUUGAUCAUUGUAAUUCUGUAUUUGAGAGUGUUUGUGGUGGCUGUGUCUCAGGCUCGGGCCAUGCGCUCUCACGUUACAGUUGUCACAACGGCGCGUUCCCAGAAUGUAAAAGCUAAAAAAUCUGAGAUUAAAGCAGCCAGGACUCUCGGUAUUGUAGUGGUUGUGUUUCUUCUGUGCUCGUGUCCAUAUUAUUGUUUUGUUGUUGCAGCCGAGACUAACUUGGUUGGGGAAUCAACAUCAGGCAUUGAGCUUUGGUUCUUGUUAUGUAACUCCAGUCUAAACCCUGUUAUCUACGCCUUUUUCUACAUGUGGUUCAGAAAAACCAUCAAACACAUCGUCACACUCAAGAUACUGCAACCUGGCUCCUGUGACACCAGUGUAUUGUAG